AUGGAGAAAUGGUUAAUUAAUAAAAAUAAUCAAACAAGUGUUACAGAAUUUAUACUUACUGGAUUUUCCAAUCACCCUGAGCUUCAGCUACCUCUUUUUGUCAUCUUUCUUUUUCUUUACGCAAUAACUCUGAGUGGAAAUGUCCUCAUCAUUCUUGUCACAACAAUGGACCCUGCACUUCAUAGUCCCAUGUACUUUUUCCUCCGAAAUCUUUCCUCCUUAGAGAUCUGCUUCAAUUUAGUAAUAGUCCCAAAGAUGCUGUCCAAUUUUCUAAUGGAGAAGAAGACCAUUUCCUAUCUGGGCUGUGCCACACAAAUGUAUUUCUUCUUUUUCUUUGGUGCAGCCGAGUGCUGUCUUCUUGCUGCAAUGGCAUAUGACCGCUAUGUUGCCAUUAGCAACCCUUUACGUUAUCCGGAAAUUAUGAACAGAAAGGUGUGCUUCCAACUAGCUGCUGCAUCAUGGUUCUCUGGUUUCCCAGUCUCUACUGUCCAGACUACAUGGAUAUUCAGCUUGCCAUUUUGUGGGCCUAACACAGUCAAUCAUUUCUUUUGUGAUAGUCCCCCAGUGCUGGAGUUGGCUUGUGCUGACACCUACAUGUUUGAAAUUGAAGCUCUCACUGCUACAGUGCUCUUCAUUAUCCUUCCCUUCAUCUUGAUUUUACUCACCUAUGUCCACAUCAUUGUUACCAUCUUGAGAAUGCCCUCAGCAGAGGGGAGGCAGAAAGCCUUUUCAACAUGUUCAUCUCAUCUUCUGGUGGUUACUUUAUUUUAUGGCACAGCCACAUCUACCUACUUCAACCCUAAAUCCAAGUACUCACCAGAUACAAAGAAGAUCCUGUCCCUCUCCUACACAGUCAUCACACCCAUGUUAAAUCCUAUUAUCUAUAGUCUGAGAAACAAGGAGGUCAAAGGGGCAAUGAAAAGAACAUUAUGUAGGCAAGUUUUUGCCCAAAAUAUAAUAAAAAUUGUUGGGCCAUUGUCUUAA